AUGGAGAAACAACUGGCGCGUCACACAACAAACUCACCACAGGACACGAAUGAUGCGCCCACCAGUCACAAUGUCCAGCUGAGCCCACUCACUGAAUUAUUCUAUCGCUUUCCCAUCACGCCAGAUAGACUAACCAAUCAGCCGUUACCUGAUUGCAAAAACUUUAUCUCUUUGAGCACCAAAUGCGAUUCUUCCGGAGAUACUUACAAUGACGAGAUGGUCCAGAAGUACUUAACAUACCUUCAGGGCAAAAAGAUCCCAGCCGCCAUUGAUGGACUGGAUGUAAACUGUCCAUCGGAUAUUACAAUGCCCGACGAGGGAAGGCUAUCCAUCAGGAAUAUCCAGCUUGAGGGGACGUGCGGAGUUCGUUCGUCGAACGACGAAAAGGAACUAGGCUUGAAAAGGCAUCAUGGGGAACAAGAACUCGUCGAGGAGAGUUCCAUGCAGGAAAAUGGCAUCAAGCGCCUGAAAAAGGGCGCUUAUCGUGAGAACACUGCAGUCCUCCGGAAUUGGUUGGACACUCACCGUUCGAAUCCCUACCCCACGAAGGACGAACGCGAUAUGUUAGCUGUCCUAACUGGCCUGAGCCAACAACAGGUUUCCACGUGGUUUGCCAACGCAAGACGUCGCCUAAAGAAGCAAAAUCCACUGAUUCGCAAGACGAACAGUCUUCCCGCCACAGCUACCGUCGACAUGACACGUCUGCUCAACUGGACACAGGAGCAACUGCGUGUCAUCAACUGGUUUAAUUUCUUUACGCAGUUUUAUCAUCGGGCAUCGGGUGGCAGUCCAUCCGAGCAGACAGAGGGGUUGUCUGCCGAUUUCAAGCCCUCAACUGCACUUCCUGCUCCUUCGGAUUCCCACCAGAUAUUCGGCAGCCCGCCCGAACAGGAAGUGGCAAGAAGGAGUAACUCACCAGAGCGGGGGACCGGCAGAAGGAGCGAAGAUUCAGGAAUCCACAAGGAAACAACCGAUGCACCCAUUUGGUCUGUUGCCAAGAUAGCCUUGUCCAGUCCGCGGUCGGGGACAGGUCAAUCCUUUCGGUUAGAACCCAGCGCUACAGUCGAUAAUCUACAAAGAAGAGCCUUGGAAAAUGUUAAUUUAUAA